GGGAAUUCUCGACCGGCGCGGCUCACGUACCGUAAAGUAAGAUGGCGUCCGUCGAGGUGGCAUCUCGAAUUUUGUUCGCAAUUUUGUUGACAUUGUUGGAGUCCUCCGAAGCAUCAGGUAACCACUUUAAAGAUGGUGAUAAGGUGGUAGUGUACGUUAACAAAGUGGGACCUUACUUCAACCCUCAUGAGACUUACCAUUACUAUCAGUUACCUGUGUGUAGACCAGAGAAGGUUGAAACACGCAGCUUAACAUUAGGAGAAAUUCUAGAUGGAGACAGAAUGGCAAUUUCUAUGUACGAUGUCAAAUUCAAGCAGAACGAAAUCAACAAACAGUUGUGCAUUGUGACGCUGAAAGAAGCCGACCUCAAACAGAUGAAGGAAGCCAUAGAGGAUCUUUAUUACUUUGAGUUUAUCGUGGAUAACAUUCCACUCCGCGGUUUUGUUGGCCAUUUUGAAGAGGGCGGGUUCAUCCCCCACACCCAUAAACUAUUCCUGUGGCAUCACCACACCUUCUAUAUUGAAUACAACGGGGACCAGAUCGUUUACGCCAACAUCACCAUGAGGGACCGGAUGCCGCUGAAUCUCGACGAUGCCGUGGCGCCCCUGGAAGUGCAGUUCACCUACUCCGUGGUCUGGCAGGAGACCAAGACGCCGUACAAUCAACGCCACCUGCGACUGCUGAAGAGCAGCAAUUUCUUCCCCAGGACCCUGGAGGUUCAUUGGCUGUCCAUUAUCAACUCCAUGGUGCUUGUGUUCCUGCUGCUAGGAUUUGUUCUGAUCAUCUUGAUGCGAGUCUUGAAGAACGACUUUGCCCGUUACAACCUGGACGACGACGACGCGGAUGAGAUGGACCAGGAGGAGAAUGGCUGGAAGAUCAUCCACACAGACGUCUUCCGAUUCCCUCCGCAGAGGAGUCUGCUGUGUGCCAUGCUUGGUGUGGGCUCCCAGUUCUUGACCCUGGCCACUGCCAUCAUCAUCAUGGCUCUGCUGGGGAUGUUCAACGUCCACAAACAUGGCUCCAUCAACACCGCGGCCAUCUUGCUGUACGCUUUGACCUCAGGUGUGUCUGGGUAUGUGUCCAGCACCUUCUACAAGAAGCUGGGAGGGGAAAACUGGGUGUGGAACAUUGUUUUGACAUCGUCAUUGUUCACUGCACCAUUCUUUCUGAUCUGGAGUGUGAUCAACUCGGUGGCCUGGUACAACGAUUCCACCCAAGCCCUGCCUUUCACCACUAUACUGCUGCUCAUGUGCAUCUGGAUACUAGUGGGCUACCCUCUCACGGUGAUUGGAGGCAUUUUUGGCAAGAACAUGGCCGACUCUUUUGACGCCCCCUGCCGGACCAAGAACAUCGCCCGCGAGAUACCAUCCGUGCCCUGGUUCCGUUCGGGCUUUAUGCAUUGCCUGGUGGGCGGGUUUCUCCCCUUCAGUGCCAUCUCUGUGGAACUGUACUACAUCUUUGCGACGGUCUGGGGUCGGGAAAUGUACACGCUGUACGGCAUCCUGUUCGUUGUCUACGGCAUCCUGCUGAGCGUGACGGCCUGCAUCUCUGUGGCACUGACCUACUUCCAACUGUCCAAUGAAGAUUACCGCUGGUGGUGGCGUUCCGUCUUCAGUGCUGGAUCCACCGGUAUUUUCGUGUUUAUCUACGCGAUUUUCUACUUCAUGAAGCGCUCCAGCAUGACAGGCAUUCUGCAAACGGUACAGUUUUUCGGCUUCACUUUCCUCGCAUGCUACGUCUUCUUCCUCAUGCUGGGCACCGUGUCAUUUUUCGCGUCGCUGAAAUUUAUCCGUUAUAUAUACAGGAAUCUUAAGAUGGAUUAGGUCUGCCUGGUCUAAUUGCCUUGUAAUUUCAUUUGUUUCUUGGUUUGUUUAUGGGCGGUUUACAAUUUUGAGCAUUUCAUUAACACAGCGCAGACUUAGGCAUGUCACAGUAUUUUGUUCUGUCUCGUCUAUUCAGUUUUGUGUAAAGUACACAAGGCACCAGACUGCAAAAAAAUACAGUGUUCCCACCAAGUUUCUAAUGCGACUCUUAAAGACACUGUCGAACACUGGUGUGUAACCUGCGGGAACUGUGUGCUUAAUAUAUUGUUGUGUCCCAGGUAUAAAUCUGGCCCAUUUAGUGAUUGCUGCAGUGUUCGGUACGUGUGCGCUGCAUCUACCAGUGCAUGAUAGAAAACGGUUGGUUUCUACAAAUGGCCUGCUUUCUUAGCCAUGGUUCUUCAAUGUGUAGAUAUCAGAGUGGCCAUGCCACAGCAAUUGGGCACUCCUCAAUGCAGAUGGAGUGUUAUGGACAAUUUUGGAUGCACGACUACACAUGUGCGUCUUUUAAGGGUGGGUGUGUGUGGGAACACUAGAAAUGGCCAUAUCGUGGUCUGAACCCCAGAACUCAAGAAGUUGUUGAUUACUGUAAGCUGCAGGAUCUGUCAGUAUCAGUCCAGCUUUAGGCAUUACGAUGGUCAGUGCCCUUCAUCAAGACAGUGUGUCAGGACAAGUAGCUGCAUCUCGAAACCCAGGAGUCAAAUGGGCUACCCUUGAGGGCCAGAAAAACAACUGUUGUGUUUGGUUGAGUAGUUUGGACUGUGAAGGGGGGACCACCAUGCUGUGCACUUCCCAGAGAGCCCAGAAAGUUCUGGGAAUGUUUACGGACCCCAGUGAACGGGUUAAUGAGACUGUGUACAGCGCAUUGAGCAGCAGGAUUGGUGGAUGCCUACACUGCUGAAGCAUACCUUACGAUUAUCUGGAUAACUCAUCACUACAAUGCAACAGUCACAAAAUAUUCCCAGAUAUCGGAACAUCUGAGUAGUCAGGUAGAGCCAGUAUGAUGGCCUGUGAAGGCUUGACCCUACAGGUGUUUUUUUCCAUCCGCCAACAUCAAAGUUGUGAAUAAAGAAUGGACUGGUAGAAUCCAUACAAGUGCCACAACCUGUAAGGCAUAGUUGAGCUAUCAACUCUCCCCCCCACCCCCUCUACCAAGCUCCCCCCCUUGAAUUUGGCAAGCAAACAUAAACAGGAAUGAAAACUUCAUUCCUUUUGGCAGUUGUGUGGUGUUUUUUUUCUGGGAACAUAUCCGGAACAUGGUUCAGUGUGGGUACUAUUACAACUACCCUGUCACUGUUGCUGAAUUCCUGAGAGCAACAAGGACACAGCACCAAGUACUGCACUAUAAGAAUGGAGGAUUUGAUGAGGAAAACCGGAUUUGUCAAAUACAAUUUGGGACGCAAACCAUUUUCGGCUUUUACAAUGUGCUUUGAAGCUUCCAGAAUGCAACUUUGCAGUGGGCAUAAUUACUUGCAUAUGUGUGCAUGUCUCCGAUCAUGAGUGAAUUUUCUGUUACAAAGACACCAUGUGAAAACCGUCGAAAUGACAAGAUUUAUUCAAAAUAAUCUUGUAUUAAUCACAUCCAUACAAUUCAUCAAAGCUUGAUUUGUGAGCAGGUUGUUUGAUAAGUACAAAAACAUUUGUUGUAGAUUUGGCAAAGAUUGACCAACAUUUUCUGUCAUUCCUAACCCAUCAGUGCCAGUAACAUGCCAUGAAUAACAUGCAAAUGUUGUCUUAUCGUAGACUAAUUUGUACAGUAAUAACACACAACAGUUGCUCAUUCUAAAUGAAAGCAAGCACACAAUUUCAAAAUCUUACGCUGUAGAAUGGCCAAGGAGUGCCUCUCUAGUUUUCCUGAUGUUUAGAGUGGUGUCAACUGUACCCAGAAUUGGAGCCAUGCACAUGUGUGUUGUGGUACAUGCAUAUACUGUGUACUUACAAUGUGAAUUUGGGCACUGUGUGUAUAUUAAUGCAUGAUCCAGGGGACUGCAUUUAUUACGCCCACCAAGAAUUUAUUAGAUUUGGAAUCCAAAUUAUUAGGUAUUAGGGUUUAGUUAACAUUAGAAGAAUUAAAGUCAACAAUUAAAUGUAAGUCUUCAUAAAGAUUUGGCUUUCCUAAAGAAGAGCCCCUACUUUUAAAAUUUCUAUUCAGUUUGAAAGGCAUUGCUGAACAGAUAUACAAUGUUUUGAAUUGUUAGCACAUAGUUUACAUGUUUCCAGUUGGGUUUGUAUUUUUACAAUUUGUUGGGGCACAAAUUCUGGAUUAAAGCAAUAUUCACACA